AUGCUUAUCCAACUGAGCGAUUGGCUAGGAUUCAGCAAGUUCGUCACGGGUAUUGAAGAAAAUGCUGCGGAGUCUUCAUUGCGGCUGACAAGGAUCACCAAGGAACUAGACAAGGGAAAGGGUCAUGUCUCCACUUACUCUGAUCCUGAUGUUUAUACUCAACCGAAGACUUUGGUUGUGAAUACAAACUCUGGUUAUUCUAACAUAGAAGUUGACAGUGAUGAUGGUACAGAGUGUAAUGGUUCAAAAAUGUUUGCUUGUUUUGCUCCUUUAGCUGUUUCAACAGUUUUUCGCUUAGGCCCUUCUUCGGAGGGGCGGGUCAUUGGAAACCAAGGAGUAAAAAAAUAUGAGAGGAACCGCCCUCCCUCAUGGAGAAGGAAUAAACACCCAAACUUGCGAGAAGGAAUGCGCCAGGAUUCACAGUUUCAGUUCCUCCCACACAAACCAGUAUGA